CGAGAAGGAAGCAGUUCCCCUGACGUCUCUCCCUAGAUCUGUGCUGUCCUCCCUCCGCCAGUCACCAAACCGCCGCUCAACAUGUCCUCCAAAGGGUAAGCACAGACCCACUCCCAACUCGGAGGGAGGGGAGGGUGGUAGUUCCUGCCCACCCCCUGCCUGUGUGCGUGUGUGCAGCACGUGUAAGUGGUUCAACUCGUCGAAAGGCUUCGGCUUCAUCCAGUGCGCCGACGGAUCUGAAGACGUCUUCGUCCACCAGUCCGUUAGUAAGCCGAGCGAACCGACACAACACAACCAACGGACACACACACACGCGAGAGGGAGGGAGAGGGAGGGGGGAGGUGGCCGUUCAGACAGUUUGUAGUGUGUUGGUGCGUGUGUGUGAUCCCUCCCUCCCCAUCCCAUCCGAUCAGUUCACGCCCGCGGGUUCCGCAACUUGGCAGAGGGCGAGGAGGUGGAGUUCGACAUCGAGACCGACGACAGCGGCAGACGCAGAGCCGUCAAUGUCACCGGUAACUAAGUCAGUGGGUUGGGUCGACGCACAAGUCCAUGUCUCACCGGCAUCUGACGUGUGCAUCUGAUGUAUGUCAUCAGGUCCGGGUGGUGACUAUGUGAAGGGUGACCGCACUCGCCCCAACGAGGGAGGCGGAGGCGGCUGGCGCGGCGGGGGCGGAUAUGGCGGCGGACGGGGUGAGUCAGUGCCCUGGGCCAUCACACAAGACAACAGACACAGAUCCUGAUUGAUGUCGUGUGCUGUGCACCAACCACGGUGUGUGUGCGUGUCAGGUGGCUAUGGCGGUGGUGGCGGCUACCGCGACCGCGAUGACUACGGGGGCGGCGGCUAUGGUGGCGGCGGAUACGGCGGUGGCGGCUACGGAGGCCGACGUGACGACAGUGAGUGCUCACGCGACAGACAGACAGACAGACACCACUCGCCCAUUCACUCAUACGCACCACAACACACGACACCACACCACACUGCUUGGUGUCCUCCCUCCUCUGUUGUGUUGAUGUCUGUCAGGCUAUGGCGGCGGCGGGUACGGUGGCGGCGGCGGCUAUGGGGGGGGCCGAUACUAGGCGGCCUCCGCAGUCAGUCACAUCACAUCAUGCAUGAUGUGCUGUGAUGUGUGUGUGUGAGAGAGAGAGAGAGAGAGAGAUACAUGUGCAUGGCUGGAGGAGUGGCUGACUGAUGAACGAUGCGAUACGGGAUGGAUGGGAUGAGGGGGGGAUCGUCAUGGGAGUCAUGGGAAGGUCAUUUCCUUCUUUUGGCCGGCCAGAAGGCUGUGCUGUGCUGUUCUGCGCUUCCCUCCCUCAGUGCACUAAUGUCGUGGCUCUUGGUGUGGCUCGCGCAUCCACUCGCGAGGCAGGGGGUGGAGCACAUGCUUGUGCCUGCGCCCCCUGCCGACCGGCUGGGUCGUCGAGUCGCACCAGACAGCCGCGAUACGUGCCGUGGAAGCCGACUUUGCGCGUGUGUGGGAAAGAGAGCGGGGAAAGGGGUCACGGGAGUCAGCCAGCAGGGAGGAUAUCGGCAGGGCAAGGCCGUCUGAAGGAAGUUUGUCAUUUCUCGCCCUGCCUGCCUGCCUGUCUGCCUGUGGUGUGUGUGAGGGGAGAGGAGAGAGGGUAGGGUAGGGAUCAGGGGGAGAGAGUGCUGUUGGGCAUGGCAUGGAGAAAACCGAAAAUGACAGUGAUGGAUUCGACUCGUACGUCUGUGAGUGAGAGUGAGCGUGUCGGCGUGCCGCCUUGUGUGUAGGCAUGCCUGCUGUGCUGCUGCUGCUGUGGUGCGUGCCGUAUUGUGUGUGCUGUAUUGUGCUGUGCUGUGCUGUGUCGGACCGAUCAUCCCCUCUCUCACGCCAGCUGGCGGGGCGCCUGAAGGAUCCCCAUAGCCCCGCAUAGCCCGGUGCUGUGUGUUGUGUGUGUAUAUGUUUGUUGUGUUGUGUUGUGUUGUGUUGGUUGACUGACUGACUGACUCACUCACGCCCACCCAUAAUUUGCCACAUACAUACGCUUACCAUUCACUGGGCUGAUGGACCGAUGGAUGGACGUCUCACCCUCUCUCGUCUCGGCUUCUCAACUCUGGUUCUCUCGUCCAGCUGCUGCCUCGCCGCUGGCUGGCUUGCCUGCCUGCUGCCCGCGACCGACUCGCGUGGCAGGUCACCUUUUUCCUAGCAGGUGCCUAGCUAGCCGGUGGCUGCUGACUGACUGGCGAGAGAGCGGUGUGUGUGCGGGUGCGGGGCGUGGCGUGGCGUUCAUGCGCACACGCACACACGUGCCUCAAUCAAUGAUCGACGGUGUGGAAGGAAUAGCAGCAGCAAGCAGGGAAGAAAGACCGACCGACCGGCCGACCUGCCGAUAGUUGAUCAGAUCAAUCCAUUGAUACGUGUGUUGCGUGUGUGCAUGUGCCUCGAGCUUCUGCUCUCAUCUUUGUGUGUGUGUGCAUCGCUUUUCUCUCGCCCAGCCUCGCCUCGUGUCGCCUCCUGCUUGGAGCGCAGCGCUUCGUUCGUGCCUCAGUUUUCUCCCUCCCUGCCAACUUCCCAAUGCAUGUGCUGCUUGCCAGACAGACCGACCGACCGACCAGUGUCAAUCAACAGCGAGACAAAAGACAGACAGCCAGACAGAGACCGACCGACAGACCAGACCGAUCAGUGACUGUGGAUUAUUCUUUCCUACCCUCCCUUGCUUGCCGCCGCCUGCUUCAAUCGAGGCAGGCGGGCAGCCAGAGACAGAUCAGAUCGAUGUAUCCACUAACUGAACUGAUGUAGCGGGCAGGCCAGACAGACUGACAGACACUGACUGACAUUUGGUGGUAGAUCUCUCUCGAGAGCAACACAGACAGACAAACAGACAGACCGACCGACUCACGUGUGUGCCAAGCGAGCCGCGUAGCAUAUGCAUGUGUGGAUGACGACAGACAGACAGACAGACAGAAGGACAGAUAUAUCCGAGCCGACGAGUGACACAGGGGUGGUGGUUAGUGCGGGCGGUGGGUGGGUGUGUUGUGUAUCUGUUUUAAAUGACAUAUACAUGGUGGGUGGAGUGGCGCCCUUGUGUGUUCUUUCUCACCACGUUGAUCGUUCGUUGCCCGUUGCCGGAUGGAUGGAUGUGUCGCGUGUCGCUCAUGGUACGGUGCGGUGUGUGCAGAUGAUGUUAUACAACACCACUACACGGGUGUGAGUGUAUCUUGUCUGUCGUCUCUCUCGUGGUGUGGUGUGUUGUGUUGUGUUGUCCUACGGGCUCACUCACUACUACCAGACAGACAGACAGAGAGACACAAGACAGCCACACACACACACACUCACACACACUUGUAUCGAUCGCUGAUGGUGUCUGUAUAUGUCUUCUACCCACCACCCCACCCCGCCCCAACCCCCUUGGAUGGAUGGAUGGAUGGACGUGGAAUGAGUGAAUGAGUGGAAUGGUCGAUGACUCCC